AUGAACCUGCUGCUUUUGGGUCUGAUUUUUGGGGCUGGAGUUACCAUGACGACAGCUGAAGAUGGGACCAAAGCCAAACGAGUCAGCAGAGCGUUGUGUAACCCUGGGACCUGGUGUCCCUUUGGAGGACGGACCUACAUCUUUAUAUCUGUCCCAAGGCCGUGGGCGUUUGCUCAGCUUCAGUGUCAGAGUCUGGGCGGGAGUCUGGCCGUGAUUCAAAACAGAGAAACAAACGACUUUCUGAGAAGUCUCUCCUCACGGAUGGACUCGUGGGUCGGAUUCUCGGACGCUCAGUUGGACGGAGUUUGGCUCUGGAUAAACAGUGAACGAAUCCGCUUCACAAACUGGUGCAGAGCAGAACCCAACAACUACGGAGGCAAACAGGACUGUGCCGUCAUCAACUACAACGGUGAGAACUGCUGGGACGACUCCGACUGCACGACCCCUCGACCUUAUGUCUGUGAGAGGAAGUGA